UAUUAUUUAAGUACAUUUAUAGCUGAAAAAAAUAUUAUUAUGUUCGGAAACACUAAUGACAAUCAAAUCAUCUUGAAUUGACAAUUAUUAUGGGUGACGCAUACUUCUAAAAAAGUAGUGAAUAGAAAAUAAUGCGAUUUUAUUAUCAAAUCAACGCGUAAUAAGACGUUAACUACAAUAUUUAAAGGUAUUUGUAUGUUUAGGAUAAAUCUUUAAAGCAAAAUGAGUUUCCUGGGAAAGUUAUUCGGUGGGAAAAAGGAAGAAAAGGGACCCACGACACACGAAGCUAUACAAAAGUUACGUGAAACUGAAGAGCUAUUAGUCAAAAAACAAGAGUUUCUGGAAAGGAAGAUCGAAGUAGAGAUACAAACAGCUAGGAAAAAUGGUACAAAGAACAAACGGGCUGCAAUUGCUGCACUCAAACGCAAGAAGCGGUAUGAAAAACAACUGAACCAGAUUGACGGCACACUUACACAGAUAGAGGCCCAGAGAGAAGCCCUCGAGGGUGCAAACACCAACGCACAGGUCCUUAAUACAAUGAAGGAUGCUGCAAAUGCCAUGAAGUUGGCUCACAAAGACAUUGAUGUGGACAAAGUGCACGACAUUAUGGACGACAUUGCAGAGCAACACGACAUCUCGCGCGAGAUCACAGACGCUAUCAGCAACAAUGUUGCCUUCCCCAACGACAUUGACGAGGAUGAGCUGGAGAGGGAACUCGAGGAGUUGGAACAGGAGGAGCUGGACAAGGAAAUGAUUGGCAUCAGUGUGCCAGCAGACAAUCUGCCAGACGUGCCAGCCACAGAGCCAGUGCCUGCCAAGGCCAAGCCCAGCAAGGAAAAGGAGGAAGAUGAUGAUGACUUCAAGCUGCUCAAGUCCUGGGCCACAUAGACGUAACUCGUAUAGGCUGAAGCUCGUGAUAUUUUCAGCUAACACAUUCAUAAAUCUGAUUAAUCUAUCCAUCUAUAUGCAAUUUCGUUUUUCUUUUAUAAAAAAAAAAACUAAACCAUUUCAAUUGUGUAUCUAAUGAAUAAGGUCUGAUUGGUUUAAGCAUUAACUGUUUGCUGAGUUAUGUAUAGUUUAUAUGAGAUCAUUCUUCUUCAUAAUUUGGUACUACAAAUUUUUUUUAAUAGAAAACUAUAGUAUGAAUUUUGUCACUGCAGAUACGCGAGUAUGUCUUCACUAUCGCAUGUCAGAAAGUGAUUCUGAAUAGGGUAGUUGAUUCAUCAAAUUAAAUAUAAAUAAUAUUAAUUUCGUAUAGUACAUGGAAUAAGGGUCCGUAAUAUAUCGAUGUUAAAUAAUAAAAGUUAAAGUUUUCAUAGAAAACUUAAUUUCGAAAUUAUAUAUUUUAUACAUUUUUCCAAACGUAAUUAACGCUGUCGCCCAUUUUGUGACGUCACAAUGUUACUUGAACUAAAGGAUUAAACGUCAAACUAAUUAAUAACUAACUGGAUAACGUUUAGUCAUUAGUGACAUCAUGAAACUAUAAAUUAAAGACCAUGGCCGACAGCGGUUUGGCUCGUAUUGUAAAAAAAAAAAAUAUUUUAUAAUUGUAUUCACAUCUAAAAAAAUAUGAUAUUUUCUUCAAUCUAUUACAAUUUAAGACCAUUUAUAAAAACGUGUCAACUACCCACAGCUGUUUUUGAACAUGCAAGGUUGUAAACUCGUGUAAACUAUGCAUUAGGCUCUAACAUUAAUUAUGUUGAUGUUUUGAAUUUUUAUUUUAUAUUUAUAAUUAAUUUUAAAUUGCAGGGUUCGCUUUUACAGAUUACAUACAUUUUAAUUUUAUGACGUCAUGAUACAAAUUUUUACAACAUAACCACAAAAGCUCAUGCUAAAGUAGAUACGAUAAACUGUUUGGAUUCAGUUGCAAAAACAUUGUAUUUUUAUUUUUUUAUCUGUGUUGUACAUUUUUGUUAUUUGUAACAGAAAGUUUAUCUAUUAUUUGUAGGAUCUAGUUAUCACCAUUAAUCAUUAUUGUAAGCUAUAAAUAAAUAUAUAUAGAAAUUCACGCCAUGUGUUACUUCGGAUGCCUUAAAUGUUUCUGAAAGAACAGUUACAGUAAACUGUUAAAAAUACAAAAAAAAUAAUUUGGUUUACAACAACAAUCACUAUAGACUUGCGGACUUGACUUUUCCAAAGCGCUUGUAGAGUAUAGUAGAAUUGAAAAAAAAAACACAUGUUUUCCUUGUUUCCAUUUAUUAUAAACUGAAAGUUGUAAAACAAACUGCCUAAAUUAUUAUUGAAACUGUCGCCGCCAAAUACGGUCGACGAUGGUCUGUAGUUUCGAGGAUUUAUAUUUUCAAUUGCAAAGUUGUAGACUAAAUAUUGAUAGCGUUAUCGAAUUUGAAUUAUUAAGGUCAGCGUACAAUGUGGAUCGCAUCGAAACGUAAAAAAAUAACGCUAACGAAAAUUAUACCUAAAAACUUUUAAAUAUAGUCCAAUAUUCAAUAAAAUCCCAAAUUCAGAGCAAAUUCAACCUUAAGGAUUAAGUUUAGGAUUGAAUUUGCAAAUGCGACUACUUAAAUUGAGUGCCAAGAAGUUGUGUUUGGCACUCAUUGAGUGGGGACGUUUUUUGGUCGCUGAUUGUGCAUCCACUUUUUAAUAGGAGAUCGAUGAUUAUAAUACAUUUAUUUGAACGAAUAGCAAAGCUAGCUUAUCUAAUGGUAUGUCAUGGUUAACUAUUCCAUGAAGUUACGAAAAUAAUCAAUUAUACUUGACGUUCCGAUGUGAGCCAUACUGCCGGGUCGUUGUGUAUCUGUGUGUACGAUUCAAAACCUGAACGUCGUUUUUCAUCGAUUUUUCGGUUUUCCGGUUUUUACGUUCAUGUUUUGUGUCAAACACGAAGAUACAUAAUAAACUUACAGUAGGUCUAUAAUGCGACCCACGACAUAAUAUCUCGUGAAGACAAAGUGACCGUGCCGGAAAUAUCGCUCACUCUUUCGUUGCGAUAGGACGAAAUGAGACAGUGAUAUUUACGGUUUGGCUGUUCAUUUGUCAUUUUGUCUUCACGAAAUAUGUCGUGAGUCGCCAACCUGCGCUUAGCUUUGUCGAUGUUAAAGAAUAUUUGGACAAGGAUUUUUUCUGUAUAUAAAAUAUGUAUUAUAUUAUUGUCAUUUAAUCUACCUAAAUACCCUAGAUUUUGCUUUUACUUAUAUUAUGAGGAAGUAAACCUAUUUUUAAAAGCGCUUCUUUUUAGGCUCAAGGCUAACAGCUAAGAUUCGCUUGCUAAUGAUUGAAAAUGUAUGUAUUGAUAUAUCAACUAUAAAUACCUACAUAAUAAGUGAUAUAUUUUAAUGUGAUAAAGUGUUGAAGUUUAAUUAAUUCUUUAUUCACAUUUAGAAAUAGUUUUACUUCUUUUUCGCACACACUGUUAAUACAAAGAGCAUCAAUGGAAUGAAUGAUACGCGUCUAAAUAAAAAAAAAUAUAUUUUUUCCAAGCUGUGUUAAUUGAUUUGCGAUCCAUUAAAACGAAUAUUUUGCACUUAAUUUCAUUGAUUUUAAGUUACUUUUUGAUGGAACUGUCUAUUAGAAUGUUACUUUUUAAGCUAACAUAAUUGUGCAUAACUGGUUCAGUAAUAUACUUUUAUUUAAAAAAAAUA